CCGACAAGAUCCAUUCUUGACUUACAAUGUCCAUGUUCGCAAACACACAAACGCAUGCGCAUGCCUACGAAGUCGCCCUUUUCGGUGAAUUCUUCGCUCGAGAUCUGAAGGCGAUUCUUAAUCGCCUUACACUGCACACGGAGUCCGCAGUCCCCAUGCACACCCGUGAAAUUUUAUUCGAACAGUUCGGGGUUCAGUCACAAGUACAAGGAGACGAGCCAGCGUUGCUAAGAGCAAAAAAAGAACUAGGAGAUGGGACAGAAAGUGGAUGGACGCUUUUCUCAUACCUCAAGCCGGAGUCCGUGCGGGUUCAUCCCGAGGCCACUGUCAGACCAUGGGCUACUUGUGAAGUGAUCGGCGAUGCCCUCAGUUUCGCUUCGGCAUUGGGAUAUGUACAACGAUCACAAAUCUACAAACGUGGAUAUGCAUUUCGAAAAGGAGCUCUGAUAAUACAGAUGUUCCAGCAAGAGCAGGUCGACCCAAAGACCUCCCUCCCUAUACCAGCACAUACUGACACGCUUUGGGAGGUUGAGGUUAAGACUGCCACUCAGGUUAAUACGUCCGCGCCAGCAUCUGGCGGGCACGUGCAAGUAAGCACAGUCCGUGCGGCUAUUGAUGCUGUUCUCGAAGUUCAGCUUGUGAUGAAGGGACUGCUGGACCUGCGGCGACAGGACUUGUAACCUAAAUCGCUCAAGCGCACAGUUGGUUAUGUUUUUCUGGCUACUUAUACUGAACUCGAGAUGGUCGCCUGCUACUAGUAUUUUGCGUCAAUGCCCUUGUAAUCAGUCUACGCUUGACCCAUUUUCUGAGUGAAGCAACUACAGACACCAUGGUGUGAAUUGGAAUCAUCCAUGAUGAUCAAUGAUCGAUGAUCCCGCACAUUGACGAAGCUAUAGCAAAAAUGUUGUGGUAAAAUAACAAGGUGUCAGGCAGUC